AUGAGGAAUAAGCGCCGCGUUGUUAUCGCAUUAUAUCACCGCGGCAGACUCUCCCUUGGAGAUAAUCGCCAGAGACUCGGCUAUGAAGCCUAUCACUGGGGCAUCCUCAUCAUGCCAAAGAAGCCGCGUGAGGGGCAUCGACUUCCAUUAAGCAGCGCCUACGACGCAACCGACAUUUUACUCAUUGACCCUGAAACACACGAGGAUCUCAACCCAAAUCUCGACUGGUUUUUCCGCAGCCAACAUGAUAUCGACCCUUCUGCUACAGGUCAGUUAAUAGGCCGUAUCAUCGUGGGUAAACUGCCAAAUCAUCUCUCGAAAUCAGACCUGGACACAAUUCUGGCGGGCGUGCCUCUACCCUCCAAGGAUGCUUCACCACCUCAAAGCUGCGUAACCUGGGCUCUGGCCGCGCUCGGCGCUCUACAGAACGCGGGUCUGGCAUGGACCUUCGCCAUCGAACCCUUUCGAGAUUGGGCGCUUGCGUAUGGCGAUCGUUGCAUGGUAAACAUGGGUCAAAGCAAUGUGUGCGAAUACAAAGGGGAGGAAAAGUGA